GCUAGUGUUGCUCCCUAAAGUCAUGGCGGAUCUUCCUCAUUAGAUUUUACAGAUUUGCCAUAAUUCGUGGGUAGAUUUAUUAUUACCGGCGUCGAAAUAAUUAUAGCUAGUUUUGUUCACACAGUGGGAAGCGAGCGACACGUUAUUAUCGACACAAUUGAAGGCCGGAAGCUAUAGAAUCGGAAAGAACGUCCCACUUGACGAUCGUCUCGAAUUUCGGCAUACUCAAGAUAAAUAGAAUCACUCGAUUUCGACGUCGCACCAUACUCUAAUUAAUUUACUACGCCUACUAUGACGCAAUAGUCGCCCGCCACACCGGACGCCAUCGGAUUUAACGGUCGAAAUACAGGGUAAAGAGGCGGGCAUGAACGAGGGCGCGCCAAUGAUGUAUCAUGGGAGCGGGGCCUUCGGAGGACCGGGGCAGAUAUUCAUGAUGGGUGGACAGGAUCGGUCGGCUCGCCACUACCCGCUGGACGCGCUGCAGAGCUUAAGCGGGGGCUCGCCAGCCGGACAUGCCACUCCGCGCCGCUGGCAGCCCCGCCGCGACCGCCACCCUAGCGCCAAGGGUGCAGGAGACAACACAGCCUUUGGUUAUGACUCAGAUGACUCCAGCCUCUCAAGUAAUGCCUCUGGCUCCAACAAGUCGGGAGAAAAAGGUGAGGAGUCAUCCCGCAACACGGAGCGUACGUCGGGCGGGCACUACACGGGCGGCUACGGCCAGGUGCGGGAGUGGCGCGGCCGUCGCGGCCGGGACGUGCGCCCGCAGCGACGCAUCGCGCCCGAGAGGUAUCUCAACGGCUCCUACCCGUUCCAAGUCAAGUUUACGCCCGACGACUUGCUGAAUGGUUCAAAAUGGGACACACUGUCUCAAGAAAUCUGGGAUAAGUUCAUAAAAUCACAGCAAACAGAGGAGACAUUCAGAAAGAAAAUGAACCUUUGGAGAUAUCUUUUCAUCACAAUAAAGACAAUAUUCCCGCGCUACGGUCUGUACGUAGUGGGCUCGACGAUGUCGGGCUUCGGCCUGGACUCGUCCGACAUGGACCUCUGCCUGUACGUGCGGCCCGUGGACGAUCUGGACCCGCGCUCACACGCACUGCUGCAUCUCAACUAUAUACUUAGCUACAUUCGGAGCUUCGAUCCUAAUGCGGAACUGAUCCAGGCGAAGGUGCCGAUACUGAAGUUCCGAGACUCCCGCAACGGUCUGCAGGUAGACCUCAACUGUAACAACGUCGUCGGCAUACGAAACACCAAUCUACUGCACUGCUAUUCUAGGCUGGACUGGCGCGUCCGUCCGCUGGUGGCGCUGACCAAGCUGUGGGCGCAGGCGCACGACAUCAACGACGCGCGCCACCGCACGCUGUCGUCCUACUCGCUCACGCUCAUGGUCAUCCACUUCCUGCAGUGCGGCACGGCGCCGGCCAUCCUGCCGCGGGCGAGCGAGGCGGGCGCGGGCGCGCGGCGGGCGCCCAACCGCAGCUCGCUGGCCGAGCUGUUCGUGCAGCUGCUGCAGUACUACGCGUCGUUCCCGUUCGAGCGCAUGGCCGUGUCGGUUGUGCCCGUGGCGGCGUGCCGCGCGGCGCGCGCGCACAAGAACGACCCGCACCAGUGGAAGUGGCUGUGCGUGGAGGAGCCCUUCGACCUCACCAACACGGCGCGCUCGGUCUACGACCCCGAGUCCUUCGACAAGAUCGUGUCCACCUUCCGCACGUCGGCGGCGCGCCUGACGGCGGGGCUGCGUCUGGCGGACGCCUGGCCGCAGCGAUGAUGGCGGGCCCCGGCGCCGCGAGUGAACCCGUGUAACUAUAGUUGAGUAUUUAUAUUGUACUAGAGACUACGAAUGUGCCACUAUGAAAAUUAUAUGUUUACAUUCCAUAGUGCCAUGUAUUUAUUAGUUAAUUUUGCUUCGUUUUGAGGUGCCAUUUUUAUUGAAGCCACUGUCUUAGUGCUUCCCGUUGGGGACGGAGUCGCCGCUCCGCCAGAUACGAGCCGGCCCGUGGCUGGGAGUGUAACGGUGGACUUGUACUGGCGACGUGCAUGCACUACUUUACCAAAGUGAGAGAAUGUACAAAAGCCGGCAUGCAGCUUUUGUCAUUUUCAUUUGCCUAUCUAUAGAUCUCAAUUACUUGAAUGUUCCAUUUUGUUGUUAUGGUGUAAACCAAUAGUUUGUAACAAUCGCAGUGUUAUUAUUUCUUUAGACAUUAUUUAUGUAAUAGAACACAAUGUAAACUCAGUGCUCAAUUCGGACCAAAGUUAAGUGAAAAUAUAAUUAUAUUAAUUCACGCUUUACGCGCAUUUCUUCACUUCAGUUGUCACAAUAAAAAUUAUACCUCAAAACUUAAUGUUUGGAUAAACGCCACGCAAGCAACACUCGCCCGCACCGCGCGACGUCCAACGUGUGCUACUCCGCGCCAGUACCGGGGCCCGGUCCCGGCCCGGCCCGGCCCGGCCCCGGCCCGGUCCCGGGCGGCGGGCGGCGGGCGCAGUGCGUGUACCAAAUCGUCAGUAGCCUCGUGUACACGUGUCGUGUCGUGGCACGUCCCAAGACUGAGACAAGACUCGACGCACAAGUAGAGUCGAGUUCGUUCACUAGUCGAAGUAGUCAGUUUCUGUGACCUGUGACCGUCGCAAUACAAAUAGUCACGCAGCCUCGACCAGGCGUCCUAUUCGUUUUUAAAAUGUUUAUUAUUGUUUAUUUGUAAGUUAUUUAAUACGUGUAAAUAGUAAGAAAUAAAAAAAUACAUAA